CUGCGCGAGAUCUUUGGCGCAUACGGCCAGAUCCAAGCCAUCGACCUGCCCAUGAACCGGCAAUUCAACACAAACCGCGGCACCGCCUACAUCAUCUACUACGAAGUCGCCGACGCCGAGAAAGCCAUUUCCCACAUGCACGAAGCUCAACUCGACGGCGCCGUCAUCAACGUAUCCAUUGUCCUCCCU